UGGUGGGAGCUGACAAUUUAAAAAUUAUUAUUUGGACAUCUCCGAUGUGGCCGAUGCCUCCUAAACUCUAGAGCUGGGCUACCCAAUAUAAUAUGCACUUGCCACUUAUGGCCAUUGACCUGAGAUGUGCUGUAAGUGUAAAAUGCAGUUAGGAUCUUCAAAGACUUAGCAUGAAAAAAGAAUAUAAAAUAUCUCAUUGAUAAUUCUUAUAUUGGUUCCAUGUUCAAAGGAUAUUCCUUUUGAUCUGUUAGGUUAAAUAAAAUGUGUUAUUAAAAUUCAUUAAUAUAUUAUUAAAAAUAAUUUCUUUUACUUUGUAAAAGAAAAUUAUAAGUCACAUAUAUGUAACUCACAUUGUGGCUUGCCUUGAUGGCUCGCAUUUAUGUGUCUAUUGGACAGCAUUACUCUAGAGAUGUAGUGUUGAAAGAACUUGAUUGUCUUGUGGAGCUUAUAUCCCGAUGUGGAUGGUAUUUAGAGCAGAAAAUAAGUGAAUGUAUAAACCAACAAGAAAAGUGUCUGGUGAGAUGGCCUGUGCUUGGGGGCAGCUGAUUUGUGUUAUGGGUCAGGCUGGACCUCUCUGAGGAUGAAAUAUCUAAGAUGAGAUAUUAAUAUUCAGAAAGAGCCAGAUGUGGGAAGCCUGAGAGGAAAAGCAUUGUAGGCAGAGGAACAGAGGACACAAAAGCCCUGAGAUGGCAAUGAGCUUGGCGUGUUCAAGGAAUCGAAGGAACUCAGAGUGGAUGGAGCACAGUAUGUGAGGGGAGAGUGGAUGUGUGAGGUAUGAGGAACAGACUGGGCGGAUCCAGGAAUGCUUAGCAAACUUGAAUUAGGAAUUUGGAAGCCAUUGAGGGUGUUGAGCAGAAUAAUGUCAGGAUCUGAUUUGUGUUUUUGAAAGACCAUUUGGCUUCUGUCAGAAAGCAUGGGGGGGAGGGGGCAGCAUCAGGAGCAGAAACAAGCUAUUUGCAAGGUUAGUGCAAAUAUGCAGGUCAGAUGAGGCCAUGGAUAAGGGAGGUGGUGAUCGACACAAUUCCGGGUGUGGAUUCAGUUGCUCUGUAGAUAGAAUCAACAGGCUCAGAUUGGACGGGGUGGUGAGGGAAAGGAAAAUCGAGGGUGAGUUUCAGAUUUGGAGCUUUAACAACUGAAUGUUUAAGCUCCAAAUAGAUGCAGAUACCGGGAGAGAGGCAGACUUGGGAGGAUGGAACAAUUUAGAGUUUGUUUUGGGCAAUGUUAGGUUUGGGGUGACUCUGGGAUUCCCGUGGGGAGAUGUCAAGAAUUCAGUUGGUUAUACCAGGCUAGAGCUCUGGGGAGAAGCCAAGGCUGAUGGUUUAGAUCAGAAGUUAUCAGUAUGAUGUUACAACCCAUGAGAUUGUAUAGAGGAUGGGGGGGCAGUUACAAGCCCUAGGAUGCCUCAAAAUUUAGAGUUAAAUUUGGAGGCAAUAAAGCUAGGAACUGGAUUGAGGAGAGGUGACCAAAUACGCUAUAAAAACAACCAAAAUUGUGUUGUGUGUACAUUUUAUCAUCUCAAAGCAUAAGAAAAAUCUGUCUCAAGAAGGAGGAAGGGGUCAAGUGGGUGCUAUGUCACUGAGAUAUCAGGAUAAGAACUGGAGGCAGCAUACAGGCCAUGAGCAUCCUUAAGGAGAGCACAUUCCGUGGAGUGCUGAGAAUCAAAGUCAAUGUCGAGUGUGUUUAGGAGAAAAAUAUGAGGUUGAGAAGUGGAGACACUCCCUUCUAAAGUUUGGCUGUGAAUCUUCUUCACAGAAAGAAUUCUCUUGGAGAAAUAGAGCCGAAGCCGGAAACGAAUAAAGGCCAAGGAUGGCUUCCUUUUGAAGGGAGGAGAUAUGAUAACGUUUAUGUGACAGUGAGAAUGAUCGAGUGGAAAGAAAAUCCUGGAAGAAUUUUGGCAGAAAAGAAAAGGGAUGCUGCAGGAGGAAAAUUCUUGGGAAGAUGAGAGAGAGAGGGAUCCAGAGCAAACAUGGGGAGGGGGCAGCCUUUGGAAUGAACAAGAACUCUUUAUUCACUGUAACAGGUGCAGAUAGAUUGGACGGUUUGGGUGAGAGAAGGCUAAGAAGUUCACAACUAAUUGUUAUGAUCUUCUCAUUAAAAUACGAGGUAGGGGCAUGAGCUGAGUCAGGAUGGGAGAAGAAGUUAGGAAGUCUGAGGAGAAAGCAGAACUGAAAGCAUUAUUUCGAAGCAUGGAAAUGCAAACAUGCCGGAGAAGAGGAUCAGCUAACAAGGAAGUGCUGAGUUUCCAUCUGAAAUCUGUGGUCGUAAAUCCAGAGAGCCCCUUAAUAAUUGUGACAUUGGGCAACCCACUUCCCUCGUGAGAGUCAUGGUUUCCUCUUGUAACACACAAUGACGAUACUUAUGCGAAAACAACGAUGUUGUAAUUGGAGAUGAUAAAAUGUACAAUGACUGGCACAUAUUUGGGGUUCACCAAAUAGCAGCCACCAUAGUCCCUGCGAGUGUCAUGUGUGGUCACAGGUUCUCUCCCCAGUGCUGCAACAAGGAUGGGCCCAUAAUUUUACAACUUUGUCCUACUGUCCUUUCCCCAGCUGUCAUUGCACAAUCGUCUUUCCUUGUGUAUAAAAAUUUUUAAAGCAAUGAUUUAGAGAUUAGUGAGUGCAUCCUAUCUUCUGAGCACCUUCUAGGGUGUUCAGUGGGCGAGUGGAGAGAAACAGACUCAGUUGAGGAGGUAUGGGGUGGGAGAGAGUUAAGAGCACAAUUCUGGUGGAAUCGGUCUGAUUGAUCUCAAAUUCUGGCUCUACCUCUUCCUCACUGGGGGCAUUAAACAAUGAAUAUAACCUGCUGAAGUCUUAACUUCUUCUUCUGUACAAUGGCCAUACUAAUUGUGUAACUAAUAUUAUUCCAUAUUUAUAAUGCUGCAGAGUAUGCUCGAUGCUUUACGCAUAUUAACACGUGCAAACCUCAGGGACCUUAUGAGAUGAGUCGUGAUGAGGUGGAAGAGAAGCUCUUGGCAUAUGGAAAAGGUUCAUACGUAGUACUACUACUGUUUCGAGCAUUGUUCUCGACCUGAACUUGAGCUUCUACAAUGCGUGGCCCCAGGACAAGGCACAGAGCCUGGUGAGGAUCGAGAGUUCCUAUUUGUUAAAGAGUCAUUCGGUCCUGCCUAAAAGAUUUCCAUGUCUGUUCUCAUUAAUCCUCACCUAAACCUCAGUCUUCACCACAAAAUCACCCCCAUUCUGCAGAGGAGGAAAGUGAAGUUGGAAGAGAUGUCACUGACCAAGAACCCAGUGGGCAGGUGUCAGAGAUGAGAUUAGAAUACAGAUUGACCAAACUCCAGAGCCCAGCACUCCUUACACUGUAACAGUGACUCUCAACUGGGGGUGAGGGAAAGCCCUCCAGGGGACAUUUGACAAUGUCUGUAGACACUUUUGGUUGUCACGACUGGAGCGAGGGGGUACUACUGGCAUCUGGUAGAUAGAGGCCAGGGAUGCUGCCAAACAUCCUACAGUUUAAGGGAUGAUCCCCAACAACAAAGGAUGGUUAGCUUCAAACGUCAAUGGUACUGAGGUUGAAAAAUCCUGCACUACAUCAAGAAGGUCCCAUAGAAGACUUUGGUGGAAGUGACUGGUGAAGACAGGCAGAAAGAAAAGGAAGGGAAAAAAGAGGAGGGAGGGAGGGAGGCAAAUCAACAUCCUGGAUUGUGAUCAUCUCCACGUAAUCUUGGGGGAACCCCUUGAAAAGGCAGCGCUUUAGAGAAGCAAAGACAGUGGCUCUAGAAUUGGUUAAACCUGGUUUUCAAAGCUUGCUGCCUCCACUGACUGGCUGGGCUUGAUGUUGAACAAACUACUGAAAACCCUGGGACAUGGUUUCCCCCUGAUAAAAGAUGGACGACGGGCAGGCUCCAUGGCCAAGUGGUUAAGUUUGCGUGCUCUGCUGCGGUGGCUCAGGGUUUUGUCAGUUUGGAUUCUGGGCACGGACAUGGCACCACUCAUCAAGCCAUGCUGAGGUGGUGUCCCACAUGCCACAACUAGAAGGACCCACAACUAUAUACAAGAAUAUGCAACCAUGUACCGGGGAGCUUUGCAGAGAAAAAGUAAAAAAUUAAAAAAUCUUUUUAAAAAAAGAUGGAAGAUAAUGGAUACCCUAGAACAGAUUUAUGGCUAUUAAAUUUGAGCACGUGCUCAGUAACAGCUAUUUCUCUUAAAGAGGCAGAAUACCCUAGGGUAAGAUGAUUCCCAAAUUUUUGAGGCCAUAGAAAAUCACCCUAGAUUUUGUCCAAAGAGAUUUUAGGGUGAGGUUCAUGAAUGUGCAUUUUAACAACCACCCUGGAUGUUUCGACAUAGCUAAAAGACCACAGUAUGAGGAAAUUUGGGCAAGUGGCAUGGACAUGGGGGUCACAUAGACCUCUGGGUUGAAUUUGGAUGCAAUAAUUAUAGAUGUGACCUGAUCCAGAGGCAGACACUACAAUGUUUUGGAUUCUCAUUCUUAAGAGCAAAGUAAUCUAUUCCAGAAUCUCCCCAGGAUAUCUUCCCAUAGUGUUAUUGUCCAGGAUUUAGUCAUGUGCCCAUUGCUAAAACAAUCUCUUGCAAAGCAAAGGAGAUUCCAGCUACUAGUGAGACAAAUCACGAUUUGCCUCCAAAGAUGGAGCAAGGGACAUCUUCCCUGAUGGGUGUCAGCAAGAUGGAAACCAACUUCUCCGUCCCUCUGAAUGGAUCCAAUGCGAGGCCCCAUGAGCCUCCUGGCUACGCUGUUGUGAAUAUCCUCUCAUUGGUGGUGCUUGGGAUCACUUUUGUCCUCGGAAUCCUGGGCAAUGGGCUUGUGAUCUGGGUGGCUGGAUUCCGGAUGGCACGCACAGUCACCACCCUCUGUUACCUGAACUUGGCCAUAGCUGACUUCUCUUUCACUACUACCAUUCCCUUCCUCAUGGUCUCAAUGGCCAUGGGAAAACAAUGGCCUUUUGGCUGGUUCCUAUGCAAGUUAGUUCACAUCGUGGUGGACAUCAACCUGUUUGGGAGUGUCUUCCUAAUUGCUUUCAUUGCUCUAGACCGCUGUAUUUGUGUCCUGCAUCCAAUCUGGGCCCAAAACCACCGCACUGUAGGUCUGGCUACAAAACUGAUCAUGGGACCCUGGAUUCUUGCUCUAAUCCUCACCUCACAAAUUUUCCUCUUCUUCACUACAAAAAGUGAUGGGAAAGGGAAUACACUCUGUACUUUCAGCUUCGAAUCCUGGGGUAACACCACUGAUGAGAAGAGGAGGAUAACCGUCACCGUGUUGACAGUCAGAGGGAUCAUCCGGUUUAUCAUUGGCUUCAGUAUGCCGAUGUCCAUCGUCGCAAUCUGCUAUGGCCUCAUUGCUGCCAAGAUGCACAAAAAAGCUAUGAUAAAAUCCAAUCGUACCUUACGGGUCCUCACUGCUGUUGUGGCUUCUUUCUUUCUCUGUUGGUUCCCCUUUCAACUGUUUGCCCUUCUUGGCACAGUCUGGAUCAAAGAAAUAUAUUUUGAAGGUAAGCACAAAAUCAUUAUUCUCCUUAUUAACCUAACGAGCUCCCUGGCCUUCUUCAACAGCUGCCUCAACCCAAUACUCUAUGUCUUCGUGGGUCGAGACUUCCGAAAGAAACUGAUCCACUCCCUGCCAGCCAGUCUGGAGAGGGCCCUGAGUGAGGACUCAGCCCAGACCAGUGACACAACAACCAAAUCUUCUUCAUCCCCUGCAGAAGUCCAGUUACAGGCAAUGUGAGGAGGUCUGGGGGACAUUUUUGAGAUCUGCCUGCCCCUACCGUGCUCCCAGUUGCAGCUUCAUUUCCCUUGGAUCAUCCUGAGCCACUCAGCUUGAAUAAUGCUUUGGGGCCCCCUGAUGUGGGGAGAAGAAGGACAUAAGGGUAGCAUUCUUGUCAUUUUGGGGUUUUGGACCUCAGCCUAUAACCCGGUGUAAGCAGAGGUGGGAAAAUAAAACAAGAGAAAGAGUGAUGGGGAAUUUGUAAAGCUUAGCUGAGAGAGUCAAUUAAGGGGAAAACUUUAUUAUUUCAUCAUUAAAUACGAUGUUGCCUGUAGCGUUUAUUUAAAACCUAUUUUUCAUAAGACUACGCAAGUUUACUCUUUCUACCUCAUUAAAGCUUUUCUUUUUUUAUAA